AUGGCUUCUACCGCGCCGUUAACAAGCCUGCCAAAAUCAAAAUCAACUCGCACAUCCAUCAGUACAGGCUCAGCAACAAAGGAGGAUGCAGCGCACGCCAACCGCAUCCACGGCUGGCAGAUACCUGAAGAUCCCGACUUUGUUCAUCCAGACCAUGUCAUCCCCCCGCCAACUUAUCCUAGGGCUGAAAACCUCAUAAUCGUUUGCUGCCAUGCCAUCUUCCUCCCGGAUGCUGGUACGACAGGAUUUCCCUUGCAUAGUCCUCAUGAUGAAAGCAAUUGGUUAUUAGCACCAUUUCAGAAGUCCAGUCAGGAGACCGGAAAGCCAGGCGAGCAUGAGACAUUUCUUGCACACGUCAAAGCCGGCCUCGAUGCACUUACCGUGGGAACAGACCAGGAGCAUCCGCCGUCCAACCUCUUGGUCCUCAGCGGCGGAGCAACGAAGCCUUCUCAGGCGCCUAUGAGCGAAGCGCGAUCCUACUACCAUGCUGCCCUGGCCGAAGAGCUAGCUGAAGGGCACUUGCACGGUGGCCGCGCUCAUCGUAUGUUCAGCAAAGGCUAUGUGCUGCUGGAGGAACAGGCGAUCGACUCCCUCCAAAAUCUUCUUUUCAGCAUACUGCUGUUUAAGAAAACUACCGGAAAGUACCCGAAGCAAGUCCGCGUCAUCACUCACGCAUUCAAAUCUGCACGUUUCUUGGAUUUGCAUGCUCCUGCGAUCCGGUGGCCAGCAGAUCGAAUACAGGUCCAAGGUAUAGAUCCAGUCAUGUCAGGUGCGGAGCUUAAAAGUACACUUCGUGGCGAGGAGCAAUUUGGCUACCAGCCUUGGAAGAUGGAUCCAUUGGGAUUGGGAGAAGUCUUGGGUGGAAAGAGGAAGCAGCGUGGAUGGAACGACAGCUGUCUUGCUGACCUGGAGGAGGGCUUGGAGGACAGUGUGAAGCAAAUCUUACGUGGACGAGUGCCCGAACAACUGCCAUGGUCUGCUCCAGAGACGCAAGGGAGCCACGAUAGUGCGGCACAAUAA